AUGGCGGCUGUUGCGGCUGAGGAUUCCGAGUUGGACGUCGACGCUCUGCGCAGGGAGGCAGAAACACUCCGGUCCCGUCUGGAGGAGGAACGAAGAAAAUCGAACGACGUUCAACUGAGAGAUGUUGCGAGUAAGCUGGAGCAGGUGCCCUCCUUGCAGAUGAAGGUCAGACGAGUGCUGAAAGGUCACCAGGGCAAGGUGCUGGCCAUGGACUGGUCAACAGACAAGAGACGACUGGUCAGCUCAUCGCAGGAUGGGAAAGUUAUAGUGUGGGAUGCAUUUGCAAACAAGCAGGAGCGGGUUCUAUCCAUGCCCACCACAUGGAUCAUGUCCUGUGCUUUUGCACCUACUGGUGAUAUAAUAGCCUGUGGGGGACUAGACAACAAGUGCACAGUGUUCCCGAUAGAUAAAGACAUGGAGAACCCCGAGAGAAAGAAGAGAACCAUCGCCAUGCACACCAGCUACAUGUCCUGCUGUAGGUUUGUCAAGUCUGACUACCAGAUCUUGACUUGCAGUGGAGACUGCACCUGUGCCCUGUGGGAUGUGGACAGCUCCCAGCUCAUGCAGAGUUUCCACGGACACAUCAGUGAUGUCCUCUGUCUGGACAUCUCACCUGUGCACUGUCGCACCUUUCUGUCAGGGAGCAGUGACAAGACUGCGAGUCUGUGGGACAUCAGAACAGGCCGGUGUGUGCACAGCUUUGAUGGCCACGAUGGGGACAUCAAUGGUGUCAAGUUCUUUCCAACUGGAGAAUCUUUUGUGACUGCUUCAGAUGAUGGCACAUGUCGACUUUAUGACUUGCGGGCAGACAGAGAAGUUGCCCUGUACACCAAGGACUGUAUGAUCUUUGCAGCCACAUGUGUGGACAUUUCAAAGAGUGGUCGCCUGAUGUUUGCUGGGUACAACGACUACACGGUGAAUGUCUGGGACGUGCUGAAGUGUGUGCGGGUAGGACGGAUCUACGCACACGACAACAAGGUCACGUGUCUGCAGAGGUCACCUGACGGGACCGCCGUCUGCUCGGGAAGCUGGGACACAACACUCAAGCUCUGGGCAUGAAGACAACGGGGAGGCUUGGAAGAAGAUUCUGUGAAGAAGCUCCCCAAAUAUGAGGACAAGAUAAGAUAAGUUUGUUUCCACAUCAGAUGUGACAAAUAAAUGAGACCAAUGUAAGUCCUAUUUAAAAGAGGAAAUAUUAGAUGACAUUAAUCUGUCUAAUUAAUGUGACAAGUCAAUGUUUGGAAAAUACAUGUAUUCAGGGCAGAGUAUUGCAGAUUUCUCUGUGCCAAUCACAUUUUGUUGCCAAUGAAUCACAUCAACCAAGAGAUGUCAACAUAUGAACUACAACUUUAAGCUGCUGUGUUACGCUGAAAGGCGGUUAUACCGGCCAUACAGAUACAGAACUUCCAUAGACUAACAGUUUAAACAGGGAUACUUGACAGUUAUAAGGAUUGUGGCUGUAUAAUGCCAUACUUUACAUGAAUAGGAUGUUUCCCUAAAGACAUUUAUGUGAUGAGUCUGUAUUAUAUGCUGCAGAAUGAAGCAAGCUUUCUCAUCUGUAAUGUUAUGUAUCAUAAUUAUAACAUUGUAUAAUGUGCGUAUAGUCACAUUAUUGUAAGUUACAAUGUUGUGUGGCUGUGUAAAUUUCUUGUCCAGUCAUAGGGGUAUACUAUACUACUUUGGUAGGCAAACAAAUCCAAUAUGUGCAAUAUAUGAUGAUGUUUAUAAUAGGUAAAAUUGACUAAGAGUAGUGAUAGCUUAUUAACUUUCCUGGUUAUUUUUACGUCUUCUGACUAUAGAUGUGACAAUGGAGUACUCUUCUCUCUAUUCCUAUGCACAGUUGUUAUAUGUACAGCACCUAUGAUCAUGAUCACACUCUACUACAUAUAUUAAAUAGAAAUGUUUGUGAGCACCAAAAUGGUAAAAUGUAUAUUUUGUAUGCUUACAGAUAGAGAUAUUAUUAUACCUCUAUGUGAAUCACUUGCAAUCACUUUUAAGAAAAAAUUCACUUGUGUCUCCACUUCCAACUGUCUCGUCCAGGGCACGUUUUGCCACUAGCAAAUCAUCCUUUCUUCCUCCAUACUCCAUCUCUCAGAAGGAAGUUCCACGCUGAAAGCUUCUUUCCUAGAACUACAUUUUGUACAUCACUCAAUGAAACAAGCUUCCUUGUGCAUGAUUGCUUCCCAAAUGUAUAAC